AUGAUCGAGGCGACUGCCGUAGAGGUAGAUCGUGAAGGGAAUCAUGGUCAGCGUAACCGGUGGCACCGCGUUCCAAAGCGCAGACGUCAAGCAGUUCCCGCUGCAGCGUUGAAGGAAAACGCCCAGCGCCGACAGGAGACCGCCGCGAAACGUGGCCUAGAGAGGCACGCCGAACGAGAGCGAUAUUUUGCCAUUCUUGGAUCACAGAUGCUUUCAAGCUCAUUACGGGACCAGUUACUACCUUCGCAAGCACUUAGUGGACACAAACGACGACGCGCCGGUCCCGAGGUGGCUUCGCACCCGCACCCGCCUGAGCGAACGGAGGCCGAACGCGCGCCGACGCCCACGGCGACAGCUCCGAAGCACUUGUCGCAGGCACCGGUUCAGAAGCGAUUUCGGUCGCGUCAGCACCAGACCCCGGCAGCCUUGGCGGCACGUAUUGGCAGCGAUCCAGAGCCUGGUACAGACACCCCGCCCGAGUGCUCAAAAGCAAAUGCUCGUACGAGCGUUGUGGUGCGGUGUGAAAGUGGUCACCCAGUUUCUAUGCCGGAACCCAAAGAUACACAGAAUCUCUGUGAAAUGCCGUCACAUGCCCAUUCAGAUGUCAUGGUGGACCGCACGGACGCUACACUGAAUACACUGGCGGGUAUUGCAGUGUGUAGCCCGUCGUCGGCGCUGUCCAUCGACACGCGUCUUCAAACGUCUUGCGAAACAACACGCCGCGCGAGUAAUGUAUCAUCAUCAUCAUCAUCAUCGUUGAUGCUAGCUCCAUCCAUAACAGACGUAGACAAUGGGCGGACCACUGCAGAACAGACAAGUACUGGGAAACUGUCGCUCGCCUUGGUAUCGCUUCCGAAUCAAGGCGCAUACUGUCAGCACCUGUACCAGCAUCGGCAGGAAAUGCUAGCCCCUGUACAUCAUGAAGACGACGAUGGGUACGCCGCGGUGGUGCCGGUUGCCCACGGAUUACCUGCUGCCGCGUACCGGCGGGAUUCUGUCGCGGCGCCUGCACCUCGCUCCUUCUAUGUGACACUGGAACGGACAGCAGACAUCCAGACACGUCGAGCGUCUCUGCCCGUAUUCGAAUUGGAGCAGGAAUUCAUGGAGAUGGUCCGCGAUCGCGAUGUUGUCAUCGUGGUCGGCCCAACAGGCUCUGGGAAAACAACCCAGAUACCGCAGUUUCUUUACGAGGCUGGGUACGGGCAUCCCGACGAGCGGCGCCGACCCGGUGGUUCAGUUGCAAUUGUCCAGCCACGACGUCUGGCAGCAGUCUGGUGUGCAGAGCGCGUUGCCUCAGAGCUAGGAACAGAAAUUUUACGACAAACGCGAGAAGACGAGACGGGCGGCGUGAGGCAACCUGUCCAACUCGGCGUCCAGGUAGGAUAUCAUGUUCGCCACGAUCGAAAAGUCCAUGACGAGCACACCCGGCUUGUUUUCGUUACCGACGGUAUUUUGCUCCAACAGCUAGCGGAGGACAUUGCUCUUCGACACUUUGGAUGCGUUGUUCUCGACGAAGUACACGAAAGGAGCAUCCAAAUGGAUUUGCUCCUGGGACUUCUCAGUCGAACGGUUCGCCUGCGACGUUCACCCGCCUGGCAAUCAGCGUAUCCAAAUAUCGGACCUCUCAAGCUAAUUAUCAUGUCUGCGACGGUUGAUGCAGAAUCCCUGGCGCGGCAUCCUAGACUCUUUACGAGCGCGACAUCAGCGAUGCUUGCGAAACUGCCCAGUGGUAGCGUACCGGAAAUGCCGAGGUCGCCUGCGACACGCUCGGAGGCAUUGCGGGUGUCAUCAUGCGCAAUCAGCGAUGUGCCUUCGGUAUCGAGCGAGGCGACUCUGUGCUGCUUCGCGAAAGCUUCGGAUGCGGGUGUGUCUUCACCUGAUGCUGAGGCUCAUCUGCUGCCAGCCGUCGCUCCACAGCAUGCAGGCAGCGAUGCGCUGGAUACGCGUCAUACGCAACCGGCGAGUGUUGCGGCACUGCAGGCACUACGCGCUGCAGCAGAAGCUGAUGCAGCCAUAGCGGCAGGACGUUCCGCGGGCGACAAACCAGAAGCCGGCGCUGCUUCAGCGCCAGCAGUGCUGGUUGUUCCUGGACGUCAGUAUCCUGUCACCAUCCACUUUGCUCGACAGACGCAUCGUGACUACAUCGCUGCUGCCUGCGAGAAAUGUCUCAAAAUUCACCAACGCUUACCUGCGGGCCAUAUUCUGGUGUUCCUCCCGGGUCGCCGGGCCAUCGCACAGCUCUGUGCUUCCUUGCGAAAGGCGUGCCGAGGCACCUGCGAACGCCCACUUCAUGUCAAACCUUUAUACGCGGGAAUCUCCCGGGUCGCCCAGGAGGCGCUCGAGCACGCCGUUCACGGAACGGAGCGGGUGUGCAUCGUCGCAACGAAUGUUGCUGAAAGCGCCAUCACGAUUCCCAACGUUCGCUACGUCGUAGACAGCGGACUCGUGCGGCGAGUCAUGACCCAUGCGUACAACAGCGAGGGCGUCUCGCUGCACCAAGUCACCUGGACAAGUCAAGCCUCUGCGCAACAGCGAGCUGGCAGAGCCGGACGCACCGCUCCCGGGCACUGUUAUCGCCUCUAUUCUGUCGCAACAUUUGUGAACCUCUUUCCGGCAACGGAUACUCCCGAAAUCCAACGCAUGCCGUUGGAAUCGGUGCUGCUGUUUCUGAGCCGCCUCGGCAUACGCCAUCCAUUGCGCUUUCCCUGGGUAACGACACCAGGAGCAGCCGCGCUGCGCAAAGCGCACUGGGUUCUCCGGGUGCUCGGAGCCGUCCAGGACGAGCGUGCUUCUCGCCACGUGACCAGUCCGUCGGUUGAAGAGCGCGCCUUGGCGGCACCGAGCGCUGCACCAGAUGACCUGUCGCUGGAAGCGCCUACACCACUGGGGAUCGCCAUGGCCCGCGUACCGGUAUCGGCUCGGCUGGCAAGAUUGCUUUUCUGGGUGCGUGACCACAGUCCAGACGCUAUUCGGUACGGGAUCCGCCUUGUUGCCCUUUUGAGUGUACGUGAAAUCAUGAGCAGCGGCAGCGGCAGCGGCAGCGGCACGUUACCACUUGCGAACAAGGACUCAUCAGAGAGUGCAUCUGGGGGCCGUUAUGCUUUUCGCCGAGCGCUCUAUCAUCCACAGAGCGAGCUGCUUACCAAACUUCGGUUCCUGGGUGCUGCUGAAUACGCUUGGCGAGCGGAAGGCGGCUUCCGUGCACUCACUCGAUUUUGUGCAUUGUACGGUCUGCAGGAAUCCACUGUUCGAGAAGCGCUCCUCAUCGUGCAACAGUUGGAGCGGCGCGCAGACCGCUUCCUGGGCAAGCAGUGCUUGGAUGAUCUCGCUCCUAAUGGAACAGCAGAAACUCGACCAGAGGGAUCCGAAACAGACGGUUGCAAGCGUCCGCAGGAUGUGCGAGAUCUCGCUGCAGGGUGCUUUUGUGGCAGCGAGCCGGACCCCAUGAUCGACGAUGACGAUACGGAAACAGAGGCGGACAACGACAACGACGACGGGAUCCCGUUCCAGGAUCCCAGUGUCCACGUAUCCAAGGGGCAACGACGAGGUUUCGUUUGCCGCUGGGGCGAUGAACCGCUGCGGCCUCCAUCACCAGAACAGGAGCAGACGCUUUGUCGUGCCCUGCUGGCGGCCUUCCCGGACCAGGUAGCGCGGCGAAUGCAUACAGAGGAGGCCAAGGAUUGGCGGCAACAGCACUCUGGAGUGCGUACGAAUGGAGUCCUUUUCCGCUGCCCGGUCUGGGAAACAAAGGAUUGCGAGUCGGUCGAGGGAGUCGUGGCGCGUGUGUCACCGUGCUGCCCGGUGGAUGUCUCUGGUGAUGAAGUUCAGUACCUCCUGUAUACCGAAGUAACGCUCGAGGAGCUGGAACCUUCACCGGACCCGGCCACAAAGUCUCCUGCUACUGUGGCAACCCUGCGAGGCUCGACGCGUAUCGAACCCGCCUGGUUAACGACGCUGAAUCAUCCGUGCUUGGUACGCUAUGGAGACGUCGUUGCGGAACCUGCUCCAAAGUAUGAUGCAGAAGCGGAUCAGGUGAUGGCCUGGGUGCGCUGUCUCUACGGUCGAGAGGCCUGGACCUUGCCCCUCUGCUGGAUGCCGCUUCCAGCGUUUACACAGGACCCCUUGGACGGGCAGAUAGAGGAUCAGCGGGAGCGCAGGAUCUGUAUCUUCGCCAGGGCACUACUAGAGCGACAAGUGCUACCGCGUCUUCCUCCGCCGGCUAUUCAGCAUGCAUUACAACCGUCACCUGCUGUGCUCACCUGGGGUCUCGAGCACGGCGAACGGUCUACAUCUGGGGAUCGCCACUGUAACUUGGGGUAUAGGCGGCAUCGGGCGGCCGUUCUCCUGGUGACAGCUCUCAAGCGGUACGACAUCACGAGCCGGCAGGCGUUGUUUCGGCAGUGGCGACGCGACCCCUUCUACCUCCGCUAUGAGUUUCUCUUAUGGGUGCCAGCCGCACAUCAGGGCAUGAUCCAGCAGCAGUGGACAACACUUACACAGCAAGAUGCAGGUUGUUCGGUCUGA